AUGGCCACAGCAACUGCCAUGGCCGAAAAAAUCAUCAUCCAAAUAGACACUGACGAGACGAAUGACGCUUCACUACUACUGCUGGGCGCGACCUUGGUCGCAACACUCGACUGUCCGGAGGCGGUUGCGGUACACUGCUCACCACAAGCAUAUCCAUUCGGACAGCAAUUACCGCCCCGGUCCGCUGCGCAGCUAUACCAAGCACUCGGGCAGCUACCACCAGCAGCGGGAGUUACGCUAGCGACUCCUAAGCCUGUGGGCGCCACCACAACGACGCCAUUGGUGUUGAGAAUGGUUUCGAAACCAGUUGGACACACACUACCGCUGGAGGCAGAGGCUGCAUCGGUCGUGGUUGCAGAACCGCUAGUAGGCCGCACGGGGGCGUCUGGUGCGCGGGUGCUGGUUGGGCCUCCAAGACACGAUGCGCCUGUAGCACAAGUGCGCCCGUUCGCACAGCAUCCGCCGCCCAAGGACACCGGGCACGAGAACCACCCUGUUGAACAUGUAUAUGCGGAAGUCGAUAUAGGCUCGGGUGUGGUGGAGGGCGAUGUCGGCAAGCAACACCCUCCAUUCGGCGCAUCAGGACAACUCGUGUACCCUUUCGACACCUCACAGCUUACACUUCCCGCACAAGCUUGA